AUUGUCGUGUAAUGUUUGUUGAUGGAUUAAACGGAAUUUGUUAUUUAAUUCACGUAUUAAAAAUUGCAUCGAAAAAUUAAUGCAUUUAUUAUAUGACCAAAAUGGACCAUUAUACCGUGCUAAUGUAAAUUAAAGUGCAUUUCUACAUUAAAAAAAAAUCAUUUAAACAACCAGUUUUAAUGUUGUGUCCGUUCGUGAUUACGGAUAGCCAAUAUAUUAAAAUUUUUGAAAAAAGAAAUUAUUACCCGUACUAGUUGCGGUAUUCAGCGUAUAUUGGUUCAUUCAAUUUAACUUAAUUAUUUCAUCUCUGGGGUAUAAUAAAGAGUGAAAUAUAUGGUUUGAGAUAGCCAUUCGGAUUUAAUGUGGUAUACAUGAGAAGAGUGGCUUUUUGUGUCUGCCCAUUGUGAAAGAAAUAAUCGGCAGAACACCGAAGAAAAGACAUUUUGAUAAAGUGUAAUGGAAAUGUAAAGAAAUGAAAUUCGGAUUUAAUUUUUAUAUUUAAAUGCAUGAUGAACGGUUAUUAUUGUAGGAAAGGUGAAAAGGUUUUAUGCUAUGUGCAAAAAAAGUAAAAGAAAUAAAUUUUCUUUCAAAUCUGUGUUAUUGUGUCGAUCAAAUUAUAUCUGAAGCGAAAUAAAACAUUGUGAUUGUGCAUAUGCUAUCGGAAUGUUUUAUGAAAUCAUGAGUUAGAUCUAUAAAUUGCAAAUCUUUGUUUAUGAGAUAUUACUAUUUGUCGACUAUAAAGAUUUAACGACUGCUUGAACAUGGUACUUAAAGAUUUGAAUAUGUAUAAGGAUUACGCAGCCGUAGGGUCGCAGCAACAGCCGAAGAAAAUGUACGCGAAAGCAAUAUAUGAAAAUAUUGCCGAGAGUCCCGAUGAAUUGGCAUUUAAACGAGGAGACAUUUUAACCAUUAUCGAACAGGAUACGGACGGCAUAGAAGGUUGGUGGCUGUGCACAUUACGAGGCAGACAGGGUAUCUGUCCCGGUAACAGACUAAAAAUCAUUCCAUCCUACGAUCCGGGCUGUUACACACCUUCGCCAGUCUCAUCACCAUGUCCUUCGAUUGGCAGUGCCAGUUUUUAUCACAGCACAUCGUUUAUGAUGCAUUCAGAUUUAUAUGAAAAUACAUCCGGCUUGAUUCAUGGUCAAAAACAUGGAAAACGAAGAUCAUGGCAUAUAAUGCCGAACAAGGUUGUUACUCCUCAGAAAUGUGGUGACGUAUACCUCUACGAUCUUCUACCGACACCAAAUCGCAACAACAGUCCAUAUCAGAAUUUAUCAACGAUGUCCGACCAAGAUACGUACGAUACACCAAAGCCAGCCGUGCAAAUAAACUACGAUUCUCCACGGUCAUGGAGUCGAACUCCACCAAGAGAUAAUCGUUUGGAUGAUUCGUACGACAUACCUCGUCCCUCGAAUUUACUGUCACAACAUAACAUCACACCGAGCAGCUCCAAUUCAUCACUUCUAACCAGCGACAGUUUAAGUUUAUCAUCAUCGAAUCGAUCGUCGUUAGCAAAUAUGCCGGACUAUGAUAUACCGCGACGAAAUCCACCUUCAAUACGGUCGCUUACACCAUCUGCUCCCGCACAAAUGUCACAAGCCAACAGUUCAUUUGACAUACCGUUGAUUCAGAAUCAGGGCCCAAUAAUUACCACAAAGAAAGAGCUUCCACUGGAAUUGUCAUCAGCCCUGGACACAUUGGCCAAAUUACAGAAUGAAGCUACAUCGACUAUUUCAAGACUUUUAGGAUUUGUGUCACCUUCAUGGCGCACCAAAGAGAAGCUGGAGCCUAUUCUAAUGGACUUAAAACUGGCUGCCGUAAGACUUCGAACAGCACUACACGAUCUAGCUGAAUUCGGUGAUGGAGCUUUGGGCAAUGCAGCAAGAGCCGAUGAUAAAACACUAGCAUUAAAACUGAGACCACUGGUUAAGGCUCUACGCGAUGCCGACAGAUUAGUUCACGAAGCAUCCCAAAGUUUAGACUCACAAGGCUGGACAGUUGACGCAUUAUCAAGACCUGAAAAUUCACAAAAACAACCUGGACCACCAGACAGUUUAGACCAAUUAAUUGCUUGCGCUCAAACAUUAACCGAGGACGUUCGUCAGUCCGCAUCGUUUAUUCAGGGAAAUUCAACGUUGCUCUUCAAAAGAGCUACACCAGUCACAUCACCACAAGACGGCGCCAACAACAACGAAUGGCUAGAAGACUAUGACUAUGUCAGUUUAGAAUCCAAAGAAAGUUCGGCAAAGAAAAAUGCUGAACUACGAGAUGCUCUACCCCAAGACCUGCAAACAAAGUUCGACGAUGUUGUGAAGAAUGCUGAGACGGCCGCAAUAAAUAACGACAAGCCCGGUUUGAAUCAAAAUGAUACAUCGUUAAUUACGUACUAUGCCACCCAAACCGUUACACAUAUGGGAUAUCUGACACAAGCAAUUGAUGCAUUCCUUCAAACAGUCGAACGAAAUCAACCACCGAAAUUCUUUCUAGCUUACGGCAAAUUCGUCGUACUAAGCGCCCACAAUUUAGUCAACAUUGGCGACAUCGUCCAUCGAAAUGUGUCGAAGAUGGAGAUAAAAAAGAGCGUGCUUCAAUGUGCGGAUUCAUUGUCGGAAGCACUAAAAACCUGUGUGGCAAAAACGAAAAAGGCGGCUCAAAACUUUCCCAGUGUUUCUGCUGUGCAGGAAAUGGUUGACUCCGUGGUCGAUAUCAGUCAUUUGGCAUACGCAUUAAAAGUAGCCAUGUUACAGGCGACACAACCAGUUUCGAAUCAGUAAUUUGAUGGGGACAUAGAUGAACACAAUACACCUGGAGUUCCUACUAAAUGUACGAUUUGCCGAUCGCUCAUUAAGACUGAAUAAUGAACAGAACAAAACGUGUAUGCACACAUCGAUGAGCGGUACAGAGCACGUUGAAAGAAUUGAUUCUUAAAGCCGUUCCGUUGAUUUCUACUUUCAAGUCAAUUAUGACAAUGUGAGAAUUAAACCUGGCAAAACCGCUUCAUAAUCGCUUCGAAUUUCUCUGAGUUCAGAGAACUGUGCAGUCGCUGUAUUGUGGAGUACCGCAGUUGCAGGUCCAACAGAGUCUAUGUGAUAUUCGUUUCGUAGAACUAACAACAUUCAUUCACUAACAUUCAUUGUGUGACAAUGUUUUUUUCACAUGAAUUCGACGACUUCAAAGAUUUGCUACCUUCGGGUAAGUUGUUCUGUUGACUUAAUUUUUUUUUUGUUACAUCUUCUGCACUUCCAUAUAAGACCUACGUUUCAUUAAUGGGAAUGUUUUGUCGUAAAGAAUUUUUUUUUUUAAAUAAAAUGAACUGCCAAAACACAUUAGAAACGAAAAAUUUGAAGAGGAACAAACGCGAAUAAAAAUUUACAAAUUUAUAACUAACAAUAAUCGUCAAAGAACAUUAAAUAGAAUUUUUAAAUGUGAUAUCGUACUCAACUUUUAUAAAAACAAAACUAAAA